AACCGGCGCAGCGAAGCAUGGCCAUGGCGGCGGCGCCAGCGGUGUGCGCCUCGCAGGGUCCCCCGCCGGGCGCACCGUCCCCGCCCGCCGCGGCGCCCGCGCCCGCGUCGGGCCUGGGCCGCUGCCGGAUGGCGCUGCUGCUGGCCGUGGCGCUGGACGUGGCGGGCAUGGCGGCGCUGCUGACCGGCGUGUUCGCGCAGCUGCAGGUCCGCGGCCGCGAUUUCGGAGACCUGCUCAUCUACUCCGGGGCGCUGCUCGUCUUCCUGAGCCUGCUGGGCUGGAUCCUCUGGUACACCGGCAACAUUGAGAUCUCACGCCAGGAGCUCGAGCGCGACUACGGCCUGCGGCCCUCGGCGCUCGCCCGCCUGGCGCGCAAGCUCUCCCGCCGCUGGUCGGCGCCCGCCUCCGCCGCCGCCGGCCGGCGCGCCGGGUCCCGGGGAGCGCGCCGUGCCACCCGCGCGCCCCAGCCGCCCAACGCCGGCUCCCGCCGCGUGCGCCUGCAGCUCGCCACGCUCGAGGCCGCGCCCGGGGCGGCGGGCGCCGGCCCCGAGUGAGCCCGAGGCAAACCCAUGGAUUCAUCUGUCAGGACCCGACUGAGGUGUGUAGCUGCCCCCAACAUCAUGCGGCUACCGGGAUGCCUACCUGUGCUCCUUUGACACCUGCAUAAAGGACUGCCUUCCAGCUCUGCUUGUCUGUCUGGGAGAGGGACAUCCUGGGGCAGGGGUGCCGGAGGGGGGGCGCUGAGUACACUAAGUCACAUUCAGGGGCGCUGGAGGACCCCAGAGCCCCUGGGGACACAGGAGCCCCGCCUCACCAGGAUCUCCAGCCCAGACCAGCCCUUUCAGCCUAGACCGCCCUCUGCCCAGGCCCUCUGCUACUUUGGGGGGCCCUCUGAGAAGCAGACUGAGGGACAAAUUAGAUUUGCAAGAUGUUUACUGGGGGGCGGAACUAAUGGAGGGGAAGUUGGAGUCGGUCUGGCCUGGAGCCGAGAGAAGAGAGGGGAAGGAAGGAGGGUCAGGGACUUGAACACACUUCCGAGAAAAUUUCCACCGGGCCACUGGGGUGUGUGAGGGAGCUGAGGUUGUCUGCUGGGGGAGGCUCCAUUUCUGCAGGGACACCCACUGUGCUCAG